UCAAUACCUCUGACCCUUUUCAUCUUGGGGAUUCCUAUUGUUCAACACCAACAUAACUCUUCUGCUUUUAUAUCUCUUUUUAUCUUUUUUUCUUUCCCCCUCUCAAGAAGUUUCUCUUCAUUUUAUUUCUGCUUCAUAUCCAAUUCCUAACCUUGUAGUAUACAAAAAGAGAAGUUUCUUUCUUUUCUAUUUACUUUUGGUUAUGAUCACAUUGCAUAUUAUGCAUAAAAGAGUAUCUCAUUUGUUACAUCUGUAUUGUCUUCUGAUAAAAGAUACAUGUGAUUCAUAAAAAAAAUAAUAAAAAAUAAAAACUAGUUAUAUAUGUAUAAUCAAAAUGCUCUACAACAAGGUUGUAGUAACUAGCUAGUUAAGUUUGUAUUGUUUCUAGUGGAGCAUACUUGUAAUCUAAAAAAAAACUAGUGACAUCUGUAUAAUCAAAAUGGUCUACAACAAGGUUGUUUUUGAGGAUUCAAAGCUAGAGGAGAGUAGAAAGGGGAGGCCAUAUGGUAAGAUGAGAAAUGUAGAACUAAUGGAAGCUGAGACUCUGAAGGGUUUGUUCAUUGGAGGGGUCAAGAAUGAGAAAUUCAAAGGAUUGUUGAAUGAUGAGAUCAAGGGUGACAAACUCAGAUUUGUCAUGUUUGAUCGUAAGAGAUCAUCCCAGUUAAGGCUUUGGACACUUCGAGCAGUGCUUUUGAUGAUGCUUUGGACCAUAGUGGUGCAAUUCAAAGGCCUUGGUGACAAGGUAACACAUGCCAUGUUCAUCAAGACAUCUCUACCACCUCAAAGGAUUUACGAGAAUAAUAAUGGGUAUCUAAUGGUUUCUUCCAAUGGAGGAUUGAAUCAAAUGCGAGCUGGAAUAUGUGAUAUGGUUAGCAUUGCAAGAUAUUUAAAUGUUACACUAAUAGUUCCUGAGCUGGAUAAUACCUCUUUUUGGAAUGAUCGAAGCCAAUUCCAAGAUAUAUUUGAUGUGGAUUAUUUCAUCAAUUCUUUGAGAGAUGAGGUUCGGAUAUUGAAAGAGCUUCCUCCCCAACAAAAGCAUAAGGUGGAAACAGAGUCCCUCUAUUCCAUGCCACCCAUUAGUUGGUCUAAUAUGACAUAUUAUUAUGAUGUGAUUCUUCCCCGGAUGAAAACAUAUGGGCUAGUACACUUCACUAAAUCUGAUGCAAGACUUGCAAAUAAUGGGAUUCCUGAGGAAGUUCAGAAACUUAGGUGCCGAGUGAACUACCAUGCUUUGAGAUUUGUUUCUCCAAUUGAGCAAUUGGCUAAGAAGAUUGUGAAGAUUCUCAAUGAGAGAGGGCCUUUCUUGUCACUUCAUCUUAGAUAUGAAAUGGACAUGAUAGCUUUCACUGGUUGCAAUGAAGGAUGCAACAAUGAAGAGAUUGAUGAGUUAACAAAAAUGAGAUAUGCUUAUCCAUGGUGGAAAGAGAAAGAGAUAGAUUCUGAGAAGAAAAGAAAAGAUGGUCUAUGCCCUCUGACUCCUGAGGAAACUGCUCUAACACUGCGUGCAUUGGACAUUGAUCAUAAUAUUCAAGUUUAUAUUGCAGCUGGGGAAAUAUACAAAUCAGAGAAAAGAAUGGCAAGUCUCAAAGAAGCCUUCCCAAAUCUGGUUAAGAAGGAGACAUUAUUGGAACCCUCAGAGCUUGAUCCUUUACGGAACCAUUCAAACCAAAUGGCAGCAUUGGAUUAUUAUGUGUCAAUAGAAAGUGACAUAUUCGUUCCCUCAUACAAAGGGAACAUGGCAAAACUGAUUGAGGGCCAUAGAAGGUACUUGGGAUUCAAGAAGACAAUUAUUUUAAACAGAGAACUUCUGGUUGAACUCAUAGAUCAGUACAAAAAUGGGACCAUAAGUUGGAACCAGUUCACCAUUUCAGUGAAGGUGGCUCAUGCAGAUCGAGUAGGGAACCCAACUACAAGAUCAGUGGUACCUGGAAACCCCAAAGAAGAGGACUAUUUCUACACAAACCCACAAGAGUGCUUGUCACCACUUGAUGGACCAUAAUGUUACAUCACAAGCUGAACAUAUUAUGCUCCAUUUCGUGAUGGAAUUGAACCAGAGUGGAAGAAGAUUCAUUAACAUAACGAAAAUACAGACUGUGUUAAUAUGUUUGCAUUUGGAUUUUCAUUAUUGAAUCGUUUUCUUUUUUCUUUU